AUGGCAGGAGCUAAAUUAAGAGUAAAGCAAUUAGUGGAAGCUGCUAUUAGCCGUAAUUUGGAUGAAUCGGCUGUGAAGAUUGUUUACGAAAAUGAUAACCUAAAAAAUGAUCGUCAAGAUAAAUGCAACACGGAGUUAGUGUCUCAGCAAGAGUGUGAAAGCAUUGAGCAUGAACAAGACCUUGAACCCUCGAUUUUUCAACUUUCUGUCAAUCAUGAUUAUAUAAGUUCCAGAAAUAAUGAACCACAUACAUCCAGGGGAAUACAUCCAGUCAUAGAUCCAGAUAUAAUAGAAGAUUCACAAUUUGAGCAAAUUAAUACAUACAAACUUCCUUUGCGAAAUAAAAAAAUCUACACUAUUCUUGAGAAUGCAACUUUUUCUGAUGAAAAUUAUGAAGAUUUUUCUUCGGGAAGUGAUGAUGUCUUCAUAACGGAAAGUUCAACAAACUCGUCCACUUCUCAAAGCUCUAGUGAGAUCGAUGUCAGAGUUUCUGCAAAAGACCUCGUAGUUGCUCAUCCACCUACCAGUAGAAUUCAGGAAAAUUCUGUUACAUCACAAGAAAAUGCUGAGAGUGCUAAUGAACAUGACUUUGACAUUGCUCCAUCUACCAGUGAGAACCAGGAAAAUGGAGAAUCUCAAGAACGUGAUAUACCUAGAAAACGAAAAAUAUUUCCGCCUAGAGACAACAAAUCAAAAAAGCGAUCUAGAAAUGAAAGGACUUGGAAGAAAAAAGCUGCAGCCCUUGCAAGAGAGAAAGGAGAAGAGUAUAUAUCGUAUAAAAAUAAAGUCAUUCCAAAAAAAUCUAUACAAGAAGGAAUUUUGUGUCACGAAAAAUGUAGGCAUCAGUGCUCCACUCAUUUUGCAAUAGAUGAAAGGCAGUCUAUUUUAGAAAGUUAUUACUCCUUAGAUGUGAAUAGCAAGAAUGCUUUACUUUUUAACAGCAUUGUAAGUAAGCCUGUUGAAAGACAACGCUGUAAUGCCAAAACCCAUAAAUCGGCGUCGUACAAGUAUUUUGUUAAAUUUGCAGGGGUUACAAAGCAAGUUUGCAAGUUGGGAUUGUGUCGGUUAUACCAAAUAAGUCGGAAAAAAGUAGAUCUAGUAAUAAUGGCUAUUAAAAGCGAUAUUUCUGCUCCAAAACCGGACUGUAGAGGGAAGCACCAGAGUCGUCCUUACAAAAUGGAUGAAGACGUUGUGAACCGUAUUAAAGCACAUAUAUCGAGCUUUCCCGCCGAACAGUCCCAUUACUCUCGUAGUAAAAAUAUGCACAAGUUAUAUCUUUCCCCUCUUUUAAACGUGACCAAGAUGCAUAGCCUAUAUAUGGAAAUGUGUGAUAUAGAAAAUUUACCUGAGAAAUACAACAUUAAAAAGUCUACCUACAGCAAAAUUUUUGUUACAGAAUUUAAUUUAUCUUUUGGUUACCCAAAGAGUGAUACUUGUGCAACUUGCGAUGCUGGGGACUCAAAUGAAGAACAUAAAGCCAACUACUAUGCAGCUGUAGAAGCAAUGCAAGUCGAUGGAAAAAAACCUACAUCAGGUGAGGAUGUCCUCUACAUUACAGUAGAUCUACAGCAAACAAUGCCUUUGCCUAAAUUGACUACAUCCAAGGCAUUCUAUCUAAGACAAAUCUGGUUCUAUAAUUUAGGUAUUCACGUCAUAGAUGGAACAUCUAAAGAAAAGGCUGUAUGUUGUACAUGGACUGAAGAUGUAGCGGACCGUGGAAGUUCCGAAGUGGCAAGUGCACUCUUGAGGUUCGUGGAGGUAGAUGCAAGUUGCCAAGGCAAAGAACAUUUGAUUAUUUGGUCAGAUUCAUGUGCCGGACAGAACAAAAAUUUUAAUUUAAUAUGUCUUUACCAAUACAUAAUCUUAAAAGGAUAUUUUAAAAUCAUAGACCACAAAUUUCCCGAAGUGGGACAUUCUUAUUUGGAUUCGGACCGAGAUUUUGGGAGGAUCGAAAAAGUGAUUCGGAAAAAUGAUACAAUCUAUGCACCUGAACAAUAUCGAAGCAUUAUUACCAAAGCUUCACGAAACAAUAUUGUUAUUGAUAUGACGGACCAUUUCAGAAAAAUAAACGAUUUGCAAGAGAAUUUAAAUCUGAUUAACAGGAAAAAAAAUACAAAUAAUGGUAAAAACAGCUUUAGAGAUGGCGUGAAAUGGAUCAGAGUUGAUGAAUACGGUUCAUAUUUAUACAAAGAAUCAUACGACGAAAUGAUACCAUUCCAGAAGGUUGACAUUUUUAAAAAAAGAGGCCAAGUUGAUCCGAAUUUUGAGGUGUCAUGCGUGGAUGGAAAAUAUGGUACUGUCUCGAUUGAAAAAAAAGCUAAUAUUAAGGAUCAAUUAAAAUUUGUUAAACCGGAAUAUCGGUAUUAUUAUGAGUCCAUUCUUCGAGAAGAAUAA